UGAUUACCGUGUUGUUUAUACAAUUCAAUGAUUGACCUAAACAACCCAAGGUGAUCUUUCAAAAAUUAUGAUUUACGAUGGAAGUUUUGAAAAGGCGGUUAAAUGAGUUUAGAGAAGAAGAAGAUGAACUCAGAAACAGGAUUGAAGACUUAGAAAUAGAGAUAAAAAAGGUGGUUGAGAAUACUCACAAAGUUAAUGCUGAACACUAUGAACUGGUAUCUAAAGAAAUGCUUUUGAAACAAAAAUGUGAAUCGCAAAACGCCAGGUUAAAAAAUGCACUCAGUAGGCUUUCUGAUCAAACAGAUAGUCACUGUCAGCACACUAGAAAGUUAGAAAAUUUGAGUAACAAGAAUGAUUCUCAAGACUCCAGAAUAGACGAAUUAGAAGCCGAAUUGUCAAGGCUACGAGCUGAACAAUUGGAGGUCCAAAGCCGCCUUGAUGAGACAAUACUUCACUUGAAGCACGUAGAAUUUGCCAAAGAUAAUGCUGAAAAGCGAGCUGCUAUCACUGAGUCGAGACUGCAGGAUCUUGAGAAACAACACGUAUGCACAGCAGAUGCAUUGAGACUUGCUGAACUGAAUGAUAUGCAGUAUUUGUCUACGGAUGACUUGGAAAUGAAAGAGAAAAAUUUACGGGAACAAUUACAAGUGGCAAUUGAUACUUAUGAAAAUUCAGAACGAAAUAUCGCCACACUUGACUGUCAAAUUAAAGCGCGUAAAGCGGAAUUAUUAAAACAGCAAAAUGAAAAUGAAGCAUUGAAAAAAGAAAUCGACUGUUUCUUGAAAGAGAUGGUUGAUAUGUGAUCAUCUCUGUGACCCCAUGUCUGUCUGCCUCUCUCUGUCUCUUUGUGUGUCUUACAUUCACAUUCCCUACAUAUCCUACCGAUUGAUGAUCAUCCCCACCUACAACAAGAAAGUGAAGAUUUGCUAUUAUCAUUAUCAUUAUUAUUAUUACUACUAUUCUUAUUAUAACUCGCAUAUAUUUAUACAUAGACAUUAAUUUGUUUAUACCAAAAUGCGCGCCUACCACACGACUUGACUUCAUUUUCCAACAUUUGUCUACUCCCUCCCUCUCCCCCUUUCUCGUUUAUGUUACGUUAGUAGAUUAUUUAACUUCAGGGUUCUUUAUUUUGUAAUGAAAGGUAUUUAUUUUAAAUUCUAAAAGAAGGGGGGCAUGCAUCUAAUUCUUUUUACUUUAGGAAAGUAUAUUUUUGUUUCCCGGGGACGGGGUGCUGGGAGAGGGAGUUGGCGUUAUUUUUCAAUAUUUUUUUGUGUGUAUGUAAAAUUAAGAGAAGAUUUUUGUGUUAUACACGCGCGCAUAACUUUUAUUUUCAUAGGAACAUUUGUUUCUUUCUCGCUUUUUUUUGUCUCUUCUCAACUCUUGUGUUGUAUAUCCUGUGUGAAAAUUACUCACUCACUCCCUCCCCCUUCCGUUUUCUUCUUAUUUUAUUCCUUGUCACAUACUUCGUCUUCAGUUUUAAAGUUUUAAAUAAAAAAAUGCUUGUUUUGCUUUCUCAGUUA